AUGGCUUCGAAAGUCAUGGCGACCUCCGAGAAUAUUCUUCGCGAAGGCGAGCUGGAGAAGCGAAGCGACGGCCUGUUCCAGGUCUGGAAGAAGAAGCGCUGCGUGCUCACCGCGGACCGCCUGCGCCUCUUCUCUGGGUCCAGCGGUCGUGUCAAGGAGCUGUUCUUCCACUCCAUCCUCAAGGUGGACUGUGUGGAGCACACCUCCAAGUACGUGUACUUCACCAUCGUCACCACCUUCUACAAGGAGAUCGACUUCCGAUGCGCAAGCAAAAGCUGCUGGAACGCCGCCAUCACCGUGGCGCUGAUCGACUUCCAGAACCGACGGGCGGUGGAAGACGUCCGCCGUUACCGGUUUCAGCGCUCUGCGUCUGAAGAGCCGCCCGAGUCCCGAAAGCCGCGCUCCUUGGAUCCAGACGCACGGGACCAGUUGAGCCGGGAACCAGCCCACGCGGCUGCUUUAGACAGGAGCCCAGGAGCCCAGAGGAUGGAUACCCGGGUAACGACGCUGCUCUUUACUGAAGAAAUUCCCGUGCUUGCUGAGCCUCGCCCCGCUGUGCGGGUGCGCUAA